AGUUACAAAAGAACCGAGAGACUCAAACUGCAUAGCAAAGUUACUUUGGCAUCAAACUUGGUAACCAGGAUAAAAAUUGGGCCUCUCAUAGGUACUGCACAACAAGUCAUUCUAGUUUAACACAAUUGGUACUCAGAAAAAAAAGUUUAAUGCUUCUCUAUAUACCCAUGGUGUGGUGUGAACUUACCAAUUAUGUGUAUGAUUGUUACUUCUGCAGGACCAAUAAAGACUAAAUCAGGUAUAGUGUAUCCAUACUGUCUAUCAGGUCUGAAAAAUAUUCUUGCAUGAUGUUAAAAAUCCUGUGCCCAUUCCACCAAUGUAUCUAAACACUACAAGUGACUAGAGUACAGAUGAUGGUCAGUGUGAUGUUGAAGACCAAGAAGAUGCUUCUUAUGAAGAAUUGCACAAAUAUAAACCACACUUAUUAAUCUAGGCUGAUUUCAAUGACAUUGUAAAACACUUAAACUAUCCAAAGAAAUGCAGAAGUUUUGGGGACCUCUCCUCAGGAGUGGAAUCAUGUGCUGCCUGGAGCAAAUGGUUAUACCAUGCAGCUAGUUCAUAUGGUUUUAAAGAUUAAGAAAUAUUUUAAAAAAAGGAAAUUGUUUGGUUGUUUCAACAUUCUUUCUGUUGGAUUUCUGCCAGGGAUCAUAAGUGCAUAUUGUGCAAUACUUAUUGAAAGAAAAUCUCGAAGAGGUGCGCUAGCUGUAUAUAUGCUUAAUCAGGCAAUGGAAACAUGUUUUAAUAUGCUUAAAAGUUCUGGUUAUGCAAGAGAUCUUCCUUUUGGAGAGGUAUUUUUAUUUGCUGGAUCACUCUCUAUUACAAUGUAUUUAUUCAGAUCAAAUAACUUACCAGAUGGUAUUAUUAAAGAUAUUUUGCAGAAAGUUCUUGGUGAGAAAAAAUUAAAUAAAUCAGUUAAAAAUAAUGAAGAUGUUACUUAUAUUAAAACCAGCUGUGAAUUAGCUGGCAAAGCAUUCCUUGCAGGAUAUAGCUUGCAAGCUUCAUUUAAUUUGCUAACAACAAUAUCUCGGCUAUAUAAGCAUCCUAGUCAGUUAAUAAAAACACUUAUAUCUAAAGCAAAUUUUUGUUCUGGAGCCUUCUUGGGUAGUUUAGUGGCUAUAUUCAAGUUAACAGAGAAAGCAUUGUCUAAAUUCCAAUCACUCAGUGCACCUGCUAAAUCAGCAAUUGCUGGUGCUAUUAGCGGAUUUGCUAUGCUUUUUCAAAGGAGUUCUUACAUUGCUAUUUAUUUGACAAGCAAAACCAUGGAGUCUCUCUAUAUGAGUGGAAUCAAAAAGGGAAUGUUUCCUUACUUUAAACAUUUUGAUUCAUUGUUAUAUGCACUAACUACAGGAUUAAUGUUCCACGCUGCUCUUGUUCAACCAUUAUACUUACGUCCAACUUAUUUCAAGUUUUUAAUUCGACUUACCAAUACAAAAUUUGCUGGUGUUAAUCGUUUCAAAAUGGAUCCAUUUGGAUUGGAUAGUUCAAAAAUUGAUCGAAUGGUUGCUGCUGGCACUUUUAAGUUUGGGAUCUAAAAGUUGCAGCUUGUUCAAUCAUGUUUACAUGCUAUUGGCGUUGACGUGUUUAUGUUUUGACGUGUUUAGUAAAGCUGACGUGUUUAUGUUUUAAAAGUAAAAAAUAAAACAUUAGGCAAUUAUAAUUUUUAAAGAAAUUGUAUAAAUUUGUAAAUUUUCUCAUA